AUGGUCGUUAAAGGAAGGGGUAAGCUCGGAUAUCUCUUAGGUACUCUAUCAAAACCAGACUCAAAGGAUCCUGCUUUCGAGACAUGGGAUGCCAACAACAACAUUGUUAUGUCAUGGCUAAUCAAUUCCAUGACAGAAAAAAUCCAAAGUAGCUGUCUCUACUACUCCUCAGCGGCCGAACUCUGGAACUAUCUAAAUUUGGCAUAUUCCGACCUUGAUAAUUCAACUCAAGUAUUUGAACUUCGGAAUGCAGCAAGGAAUCUACUGCAGGGAGAAGCCGAUGUGACAGAAUACUACACCUCACUGGUAAAGAUCCGGCAAGAAUUAGAUCUUCAUGAUGACUGUUCUAUGGCCUGUGCUACAUGUACCAAGAAAUAUCAGGAUCGAAUGGCAAAGGAGAGGGCAUACGAUUUCUUGGCAGGUCUAAAUAGAGAUCUUGAUGAGGUUCGAGGUCGUCUUCUUGGAAUCAAACCAUUACCAUGUAUAGAGGAGAUUUUUUCUGAAGUCAGGCGUGAAGAAUCAAGGAAGCGAGUGAUGUUAGGCAGCAACAAAUCUGAUAUAACAGCCCCAGAAUCAUCAGCCCUUGUUUCUCAUCGUAAUGAUCACAACAAGGCGAUCAAAGAGGAGAACCGAGGUCAAACAAACGCCAAGGAAAUCUCGGUGUGA